AUGGUCAAAAUCACUGGAUACGAGACCCAUGAUGUGCGAUUCCCAACCUCGCUGAGCGGAGAUGGGACCGAUGCAAUGAACACGGAAUGCGACUACUCCUCCGCGUACAUCACACUCAAAACGGAAUCUGACCUUGUAGGUCAUGGAAUGACCUUUACCAUCGGUCGGGGGAACGAUAUUGUUAUCAUGGCUAUCGAAGCGGUAGCAAAUAGGCUGGUUGGGAAAGAGACGGAAGAGCUGUUCAAGGAUAUGGGAAAGACGUGGGACUUCAUGAUGUCGGAUCCACAACUUCGAUGGAUUGGACCAGAGAAAGGAGUGAUCCAUAUCGCUUCCGGAGCUGUUAACAACGCGCUAUGGGAUAUGUAUGCUCGGUCGAGGCAGAAACCUCUAUGGAAACUCGUCGUAGACUUCACACCCGAGGAACUCGUAAGCGCUACUGCGUUCCGGUAUAUCUCGGACGCGAUCACGAAAGAGGAAGCGUUGGCCAUGCUCAAGGAGAAAGCAGCCACCAAAGCGGAACGCGAAGCCAAAGUCAGAGAGCUCGGCUACCCUGCAUAUGUGACUUCUGCAGGGUGGUUGGGCUACACGGACGAGAAAGUCGCAAGGCUCACCAAGGAAGCUGUCCAAGCGGGUUUCAACCACUUCAAAAUGAAGGUCGGCGCAGAUCAAGCUAAUGAUCUCCGGCGAGGCAAGAUCAUACGGUCUAUUAUCGACGACCCGCAGUAUCUUCCUGCAGGCGCGGAACCCAGAGACCCCAACGGUCCUGAGUUGAGAGGAAAGAAUGCUGGACCGACCGGUGCUGUAUUGAUGAUCGACGCGAAUCAGGUUUGGGAUGUUAAUCAGGCGAUUGACUAUGUCAAAGGACUUGAGGAGAUUAAGCCUUGGUUUAUCGAAGAACCCACCGCGCCCGAUGACAUAUUGGGCCACGCGGCAAUUCGAAAGGCCUUGAAGCCACACGGGAUCGGCGUUGCUACCGGCGAGCACGCGCAUAAUCGGAUGGUGUUCAAGCAGCUCCUCCAAGCCGAAGCUAUCGACGUCGCCCAGAUCGAUUCUUGCCGUUUAGCUGGCGUCAGCGAGGUUCUGAGUGUCUUGCUCAUGGCGUCCAAGUUCGGUAUCCCCGUCUGCCCUCACGCAGGUGGUGUCGGGCUCUGCGAAUACGUGAUUCAUUUAAGCUUGAUUGAUUAUAUCGCGGUUUCCGGGACCAUGGAACGCAAUGUGCUGGAAUUCGUCGACCACCUCCACGAACACUUCGUCACACCUUGUUCCAUCAACGACCAAGGUCGCUAUAACGUUCCGACGAAUCCCCUUGAGGGAUAUAGUAUUGAGAUGCAUAAGACAAGCAUUGCUGAAUACGAGUGGCCGCAUGGCUCCUAUUGGGUCAGCCGGAGAGAGAGCUGA